AGCUCAUACAACUCCGCUCACAAAUGGCUCUUGCAGAGAAAGUCGACGAGACAGGUCAGGCAGCUCCAGCCGUUGAGGUUACGUCGACCGACCAAUUGGCCGAGCCACCAAGGCCCGCGCCCGCCACCGUUCCUGGUGAUUACCCGCUUGGAAAAGUAAGGGCGUGGUCAACAGUUGCUGGGAGUUUCCUCUUAACAUUUUGCGUUGCUGGCCUUCCCGCAGCAUUCGGUGUAUUCCAGGACUUCUAUACACAAAAGUAUCUGAGCAAUGAGUCUGCCUCUACAAUCAGUUGGAUUGGGAGUAUGCAGCUGUUCAUUGAGAUGGCCUUUGCCCCUGUCGCCGGAGUUCUAUUUGAUGCUAGACAAUUCAGAACUACAGUUGUUGCUGGAUCUGUCUUGACAACAUUCAGCUUUUUCAUGUUGUCUUUGGCAAAGGAGCAUCAAUAUUACCAGAUAUUCUUAUCUCAGGGCAUCGGAAUGGGUCUUGGAUUUGGACUACUUUACCUACCUUGUGCAACUGUGGUAUCUGCGCAUUUUAAGACCCGUAAAGCCUUGGCCUUGGGCAUCGUUUCGUCAAGUGGAUCAUUGGGAGGCAUAGCGUUCUCAAUUAUGCUAAACUAUUUUUUGAAUGGCAGGGUGGGCUUUGCAUGGGGUGUUCGUAUAGCGGCUUUCAUUACCCUGGGAUGCUGUGUACUUGGAAUAAUGCUUAUGGUUGAACCUCCUCGCCCACCCCGACCUGCAAACCAGGCAAACAAGACUUCGCGUGCAUCUGGACUUUGGGAUUUGCCAUAUGUCAUGAUCAUGUGGGGCGCGUUCCUCGCAUCAUUAGCAACAUACUUCCCAAUAUUCUACGUUCAGCUCUUCGCGGUAUUACAUGGGAUUGACCAGACGCUUGCCUUCUAUUCUGUUGCGAUUUUGAAUGCAUCGUGCAUAUUCGGACGAAUUGUUCCAAAUUACUUGGCAGAUAAGUUCGGAGCGAUGAAUGCCUUCAUGGGAUGUCUGGGCCUAUGCGGUCCUGUCACUAUUGCUAUGCUCGCUUGUGGCCAUCCAGUCGGAUUGGUCCUUUUCACAAUAUUUUAUGGCUUCUUCGUUGGUGGAAUAUUGUCCGUCUAUUUGCCCAUGAUUGCAAGCCUGAAGACGAAUCCAGCUAUUAUUGGUAAACGAAUGGGAAUAUCCCUUGUCCCAGUCGGUGUCGCAUAUUUGAUUGGGUCACCAAUCAUUAGUGCAACACUAGGCCCAGAUCUCAUUUGGUGGAAGGGCAUUGCCUUCGCUGCAAUUGUAAUGGUCGUUUCACUUGUGAACCUCAUGACCGUGAAGUGGGUAGUACUCAGAAGAAGGAAUGAAAACCACUAGAUAAUGAACAUGUUUCACCAUUUAAACAGCAUCGUUUUGAACUUUCUUCAGAUUGUUGUACUCCUGACUAUUCGUAACUGUUUUAUUCACGUCUUCGCAUAUACCGUACCAAGUGUUUGCCUCAGUCUCU